AUGAUUUUCGAGCCGGCCGAACGAAUUUUGCUCCCUACCAAGGACAUUCUGUCCUACAUAUUUGAUGAUCCGCCCUAUGAUCAAAAUCAGCCAAUCUUUAUCGAUAUUCGAGACCAGUCACGCUCGAUCUCGUGCAAUCAAGCCCGGAAAUUGAUACGCCUUCUCAUCUCGGGGUUGCGCGCGUCCGGCUUCCGCAAAGGAGACUGUGUUCUUAUCCAUUCUUUCAAUGACAUCAACUAUAGCAUCCUAGUCCUGGCGAUCAUCGGGGCUGGGGGGGUGUUCACGGGCUCAAAUCCGGCAUACACACCAAACGAACUUGCGCAUCACAUCAAGGCUUCCGAGAGCAAGUUUCUAAUCUCUGAGCCCGAAAUAUUAAAACCGCUACUUGAUGCUGCGCAGCAGACUGGAAUCUCGAAAAAAAAUGUUUGGACAUUUGAUAACUUGGGACAGGAAAUCCCAAAUGGCAUGAAAUCCUGGAAGGAGUUGUUGAAAUUCGGUGAGGAUGACUGGGUUAGAUUUGAUGACUUGGAAAGUGCCCAAACAACAACUGCCGCGAGGCUAUUUAGCAGCGGAACCACUGGUCUUCCAAAAGCAGUUACAAUUACGCACUUCAAUUUGAUUGCACAGCAUGAGCUUGUUCUUGGUGCGAACCCGCGACCGUAUCCUAUUUCCCGUAUCAUUGCAGUUCCUGUCUUCCAUGCCUCCGCAGCACCAGUCACUCAUAUAUCCACUCUAAAGGCCGGAUCCGUGGCGUACAUGAUGCGGCGAUUUGAUUUGGAGCAUUUUUUGACAGCGGUAGAGAAGUAUAGUGUAACCGAUCUGGCUAUGGUGCCACCUAUAGUGAUUGCAAUCUUGAUGUCACCAUUAUCUCGGAGACGGCCUUUCCUCAAAAAGGUUAAGCUUGCCGCUUGUGGUGCUGCCCCGUUGGACAAAGACGUACAAGCACGUUUUAGAAUGCUUAUGAGUGAAGAGGGCCCAUUCAACCAGGUAUGGGGUAUGACGGAGACAUCAUGCAUCGCCACAAUGUUCCCAUUCCAGGAGCAUGAUGAUACUGGGUCUGUGGGGCGACUCAUCCCAAAUUUGGAAGCCAAACUGGUUGACGAUGAUGGGAAGAAUAUCUCGGCCUACAAUGUACGCGGUGAACUAUGUGUUCGUGGACCUACAGUUACGCCGGGUUACUACAAAAAUCCCGAAGCCAACGCGCUUUCCUUUGAUUCAACCGGAUGGUUUAAGACAGGCGACAUCGCAUACUGUGAUCAAACCACCAGAAAGUGGUACAUAGUUGAUCGGAAGAAGGAGCUGAUCAAAGUCCGUGGAUUUCAGGUUGCACCACCUGAAAUUGAGGCUGUGCUCCUAUCUCAUCCAUCCAUUGUCGAUGCAGCAGUCAUAGGUGUCACCAUUCCGGGUGCAGAUACCGAGUUUCCUCGUGCCUACAUUGUGCGUCGUGAAGGAAAAGGGCUUGCACUAACGGAAGGGGAGGUACAGAAAUAUGUCCUGGAGCGCCUUGCUCGCUAUAAAGCUUUGACUGGUGGUGUGAAAUUUGUUGGCGCUAUCGCCAAAAAUCCCAGUGGUAAGAUUUUAAAACGUGUUCUAAGAGAAGAUGCCAAAAUUGAGAUAGAGGCUGGCCUGAUUAAACCCCGUAUUUAA